CCAUUAUCCUCUCUCCUGUAAACCCUAAAUCCCAAUCUGAGCAGCUGAAUCAAAAUCUCGGAGAUGGCGACGGUUCCAGGGCAACUGAUAUGGGAGAUAGUGAAGAAGAACAACUCUUUUCUUGUAAAGGAGUUCGGGAGGAGCCACGCCGGCGUUCGGUUCACCAAGGAGCCCAACAACCUCCUUAAUCUCCACUCCUACAAGCACUCUGGGUUGGCAAACAAGAAAACCGUGACCAUUCAGGGUGUGGGCAAAGAUCAAUCUGUGCUGCUGGCAACAAGUAAGACCAAGAAGCAGAACAAGCCUGCUGCUCUGCUGCAUAAGUCUGUGAUGAAGCAGGAGUUCCGCAGGAUGGCGAAGGCGGUCGUGAAUCAGGUGGCGAAUAACCAUUACAGGCCGGAUCUGAAAAAAGCAGCCCUUGCAAGGUUGAGUGCUGUUCACAAGAGCCUCAAGAUUGCCAAGUCUGGUGUCAAGAAGAGGAACAGGCAAGCUGUUAGAGUCUAUGGCAGGAAAUGAGUAAUAGGGGUUACUUUUCAUGAUUUUGGAUUGCUUGGGUCGUCCUUUGAAGCUCAGUUGUAUUUGGAUUUUGAGAUUAUAUUCAGUUUGUUUUGCAUAAUUUUCGUGGAUAUCGAAAUUAUGAGUGUGCUGGAUAAUUUUUUUCAACUAAAUGGAAGGGAUUACAAGAUUAAUUUUCA